GGUAGGUCAGCUGUUGGAAGUGCUGAAAGUGUUCUCACUCUGACUGAAAGAUGAAGGUCGCUGUUCUGCUGUGUUUCACUGCCUCGUUGGCUGUUACAGCUGCUUUACCUGCUGAUGCUCCAGCUGCGCCGAUGGUCCCCUCUCCUGCCAUGAUCGAGGCCUUCAUCCCGACGCCCGAGGAGAUCCAGGCCCUCAACGCCCUCCACACCACGCCCGCCCCCGGGGUCGUGCCCACUCCAGGGGCCGCCCCCGUCGGGCCUCCAACCAUGCCUCCUGCAGUAGCAAGUCUGAUCGCCAAGUACAAGGCCGCAGCCGCAGCCUUCAUCCCUUCCACUGCAGCGCCUGUCUGAGCUGAUGCUUUCUCCGUGCGAGUGUCGAUCAGGCAAUAUACAAGUCACUUUCGCUUUUGUGAAUGGGUGGCAGAAGAAAAUUGUGAAUUAUGAAUAUGAAAGUAAAUUAAGAACGAGGACAUUAUUUUCAUUUAUAUAACUACCAUGCUAAUAUAUAACGAUGUAGGAAACUCCCAACAUUACAAUAGUUUAAAUAAAU